AUUACCAGUUGCAGCAUAUGUGGAAGCAUAGCAUGUGAAACUCACCUCGAUGUGUUUAUGUUCAAGCAGCGUCCUUGCAGUCUUCAGACAGUGAGUGGAAGGUGCGCAUGUGAACUUGGUUUAUUUCUGAAAGCCAAACCGGGAAAUUCAUAUCUAUGAUGCGGAUUAGUAAAAUAUGAGCUAUUUGUAUCUCAACAUGUCUUCAGAUAGUUUGAAAAGAAAACGGGAUGCUCCCGACUCUACAAGCGAAGUGAUAAAUAGUGAAAGUGACCGGAAGCGUGAAAGAGUGGAUGUCGAUGAGAGUGCGAGUAAUUUAACACCAAAUGACUCCAAACCUGCUAGUGAUAUUCUUAAAGAGGCGUUGAGGAAAAUCAUUGAGUUACAGGAAGAAAUUAACGCGUUUGAUGACGCUGCUUCAAGUGACCACGACGAGGAAGAAACCUUGUAUUCCCAAGAGUAUCCAGCUGAAGCCUUGGGAUUUGCAAUGUGUGCCUGGGAAACGCUCACAUUUUUGCAGAGAGAAGGGUUUACGCAGAACGAUCCAAUUUACAGAGCUCUUAGGGAGCGACUCGUUGGACAAUGCCAAGGAAUACCUCUGUGAAGUUCAAUAUGACCAAUGAAGCACCAAUCUAGUCACAAAAGACCUCAACAACCAACUAUGUAUAUCUAGUCACUAGGCUAUAAGUUGCAAAUAUUCCAAAUCAUAACGAAAAUGUUUUUUUAUUUACUGGUAACGUUAAGUAUGUACUCCAUUUUGGUAAAUUUAUAAU